AUGGCGUCUCCUAAUAACCAAAUCUGCAGAAUCAUUUUUGCUUGCUUAUUCAUCUUUCAAUGCCAUAGUUCUUCAUCAGAUUUGGACGACAGGGUUAGCGUGUCGUUGUACUACGAAUCGUUGUGUCCAUACUGCGCAAACUUCAUUGUGAAUCAGCUGGUUAAGUUGUUUGUGACAGAUCUUGGGUCCAUUGUCAAUCUCAGGCUCAUCCCCUGGGGAAACACCCAAACAGCACCUAAUAACGCCUGGAUUUGCCAGCAUGGGCCUGAUGAGUGUCUGUUGGAUGUAGUCCAAGCAUGUGCCAUUAAUGUGUGGCCUAAUCAGGAGAUGCAUUUCAGGUUGGUGUAUUGCAUAGAGCGUUUGCAGGUGGAGAACAGGCAUGGGGAGUGGAAUUCUUGCUUUGCUGCAACUGGAUUGAGUGAAUUGCCGGUUAGGGAUUGCUUCAAUAAUGGAGUUGGAAUCCGGAUAGAACAGGGAUAUGGUGAUGAGACAGCUAGUCUAAACCCCCCACACAGGUUUGUCCCAUGGGUUUUGGUGAAUAAUCAGCCUCUUCAAGAAGAUUAUGACAACUUUGAAGCCUAUAUCUGCAGAGCUUAUAAAGGAAACAGAAUUCCACAGGCUUGCCAGUCACUACCAGUUGAAGCCAAUAUGGUCAAGACAUCAAGUUACACCCCUCAAGUUUGUUUUCGAGAAUAACCCGAAAUUUCAAUAGAUGUGUGGCUCCAUAAGACUCGAAUUCGACUACUUUUUGCAAUGUGAAUAUAAUGUUCAUGAGGUCAGAUGA